AUGGGCACAGCACCAGGGACCAGCCCAGACUCGCUGCCCGGACCGGGCUCUUGCUGGAAGUGGUCCAUGACCUCCGAGGCCUCUUCUGGAAGAAGCCACUGUGCCAGGAGCGGGAUGCUGCGGAGGCGGGCCCCAGAGGAGGACAGUGCUGUCCUAAUCGACAUGGCUCCGGGGAUGGAGAAGGGGGACUCUUACGGAAGCACAGCCAACACCUCACAGCCCGAUGGACACCAGGCGGCCACUUGCAGGGUGGGGAACCCUGCCAAGCCCCAGAUCGCAGACUUUGUCCUUGUUUGGGAGGAAGACCUGAGGCUGGGUCAGCAGCAGGACAGUGCCACCCAGGACAAGAGAGACACACACAGGGCCUGGCGGGAGACGUUCCUGGAUAACCUUCGUGUGGCUGGCCUGCAUGUGGACCAGCAUCAUGUACAGGAUGAGGACAGCGCUGUGCACUACAUCCUCCUCAGCGCCCCCUGGGCCGUGCUCUGCUACUACGCGGAAGACCUGCGCCUGAAGCUGCCCCUGCAGGAGCUGCCCAACCAGGCCUGCAACUGGUCGGCCAGCCUGCUGCAGUGGCUGGGCAUCCCCAAUGUCCUGCUGGAGGACGUGCCCAAUGUGCCCCCCGAGUGUUACUCCUGCCAGUUCAAAGUGAGCAAGCUGUCGAGGUUCCUCAGGAGUGACGACCAGGACACCUUCUUCACCUGCACCAACAGGCACCAGAUCCUGUUUGAGAUCCUGGCCAAGACCCUGUACGGCCAUGAGAAGAAAGGUCUGUUUGGGAUCGACCAGCUGCUGUCCCAGGGCGUCUUCAAGGCGGCCUUCCCCCUGCACAAGGGCCCCUUCACAACACCCCCUGAGGGCCCGUGGGCCCCUGGCCUCAACCAGCGGCAGGUCCUGUUCCAGUACUGGGCCCGCUGGCGCAAGUGGCACAGGUACCAGCCUCUGGACCACGUGCGCAGGUACUUCGGGGAGAAGGUGGCCCUCUACUUCGCCUGGCUGGGGUUCUACACAGGCUGGCUCCUGCCAGCGGCCGUGGUGGGCACGCUGGUAUUCCUGGUGGGCUGUUUCAUGGUGUUCUCAGACACACCCACGCAGGAGCUGUGCAGCAGCGCUGAUAGCUUCCAGAUGUGCCCACUCUGCCUCAACUGCCCCUUCUGGCUGCUCUCCAGCGCCUGCGCCCUGGUCCAGGCUGGCCGGCUCUUCGACCACGGCGGCACCGUCUUCUUCAGCGUGUUCAUGGCCCUGUGGGCAGUGCUGCUCCUGGAGUACUGGAAACGCAAGAGCGCCACGCUGGCCUACCGCUGGGGCUGCUUCGACUACGAGGACAUCGAGGAGAGGCCGCGGCCUCAGUUUGCCGCCUCGGCCCCCACGACAGCCCUGAACCCCAUCACCGGCGAGGAGGAGCCCUACUUCCCCAAGAGGAGCCGUAUGCGCCGCGUGCUGGCCGGCUCUGUGCUGGUGCUGAUGAUGGUGGCAGUGGUGGUCAUGUGCCUCGUGUCCAUCAUCCUGUACCGCGCCAUCAUGGCCAUCCUGGUGUCCAGGUCGAACAACACCCUCCUGGCAGCCUGGGCUUCUCGCAUUGCCAGCCUCACAGGCUCCGUGGUGAACCUGGUCUUCAUCCUUGUCCUCUCCAAGAUCUACGUGGCCCUGGCCCACAUCCUGACAAGAUGGGAAAUGCACCGGACGCAGACCAGGUUUGAGGACGCCUUCACCCUCAAGGUGUUCAUCUUCCAGUUCGUCAACUUCUAUUCCUCGCCCAUCUACAUCGGCUUCUUCAAGGGCAGGUUUGUGGGGUACCCAGGCAGCUACCACACCUUGUUUGGGGUUCGCAACGAGGAGUGUGCGGCAGGAGGCUGUCUCAUCGAGCUGGCUCAGGAGCUCCUGGUCAUCAUGGUGGGCAAGCAAAUCAUCAAUAAUGUGCAGGAGAUUCUCGUCCCGAAGUUCACGGGCUGGUGGCAGAAGUUCCGGCUUCGCUCCAAGAAGAGGAAGGUGGGGGCUUCAGCUGCUGCCAGCCAGACGCCCUGGGAGGCAGACUAUGAGCUCCUGCCCUGUGAGGGCCUAUUUGAUGAGUACCUCGAAAUGGUGCUGCAGUUCGGCUUCGUCACCAUCUUCGUGGCUGCCUGUCCGCUGGCGCCGCUCUUCGCGCUGCUCAACAACUGGGUGGAGAUCCGCCUGGACGCGCGCAAGUUCGUGUGCGAGCGCCGGCGCCCAGUGGCCGAGCGCGCGCAGGAUGUGGGCAUCUGGUUCCCCAUCCUGGCUGGCAUCACGCACCUGGCGGUCAUCAGCAACGUGAGCGCUGGGUGGGGGGAGGUCAGGGAGCAUCAGGGAGGCCAAAGGUGGAGAUGCCAAGAAGUCAUCUGCCACGAUCCCCACACCAAGUCCCAUAUUUCCUGCAGGUAUCGGGCAUUCAGGGAAGACGAUGGGCAUUAUUCCGGGACCUACUGGAACCUUCUGGCUAUCCGCCUGGCCUUUGUCAUUGUGUUUGAGCAUGUGGUGUUCUCCAUCGGCCGGAUCCUCGACCUCCUGGUACCUGACAUCCCUGAGUCUGUGCAGAUCAAGGUGAAGCGGGAAUACUACCUGGCCAAGCAGGCACUGGCUGAGAACGAGGCUCUCUUGGGGACGAAUGGAGCCAAGGACGACCAGCCCUCAGCCUCAGAGGAGAGUAUGGGCCCACAGCCUAGGCGACCAGAAGCCAGCCGGGCCUCGCCAGUCCCUUCCCUCUGAGGUCGCAGGGAUCAUGUUGGGGGCUGAGGGGCCUGGAGUCAGACCCACCUGGAGUGCAGAGCCCUCACGCCCUGGAGAUGAGAGGCCUCUUCCUCUCCUUCCCCUCCUCAGCUGCCUUGGGCCCCUGCUCCUGUGCCCUGCCUCCCAGGUCCUGGUUGCAGCCCCCACUGGCCACCCCUUUGGAGUACCCAAAGCCAGGCGACUAUAGCAGGGGAACCUGGUGGGCUGGGGCAUGCCUCCACCAUCUCCCUCCCAGCCCCAUGAGCCAGUAUCCUCUCCUUGCACUCACCCAGGGGCAGAAUGGCUCCACCCUGAGACUUGUUCCCAUCACCCCCACCCACCUCUGGGCACACUGCCUACUCCCCUACAUCUUUACUCAGAGCUGUGGCCCUUCCAGGCCUCAACCCUCCACUUCGUGCCAUCCUGGGUCCCUGCACCCACAGCCUCCCCUGCCUCUCCCUGCUCACUUCCUACUUGCCCAUCAGCCCUCACAUGACUCGUCUGCCAAUCCAGCCAGUGGACUCUGGGUCCUGUGUCCUCUCUGGUGUUUUGAUCCUGCUGUCCUUGGAAUGAUGGAAUGACCCCUCUCUAGGCCCACCUGCUUACACAGAGUCCUGCCUGCCCCCCAGCACUCUUAUGUUCCAGGUCACAACCUGGAGUCAGCUCAACCCCUCACCCACUUUCUCCACUCCCCAUUCCUAGCCAAGGGCUCCUGAUUCUGUCACCAUUUCUUGAACCUGGUGCCCCCUUUCACUCCCAGCCACUAUGAGUGGCCUCUCAGGCUAAAAAGCUAUACUGCCCAGCUCCCUCCCAGACUACAGCCUGAGGCUGAGGAAGGUUUGGAAGAAGACUCAAUUUUAUUCCCUGACCUGUGAAACACUGGUUUCCUGUAUGUUUACACAUGAUCAUCUCCAAAGUUGGGAGCACCUUAGUGCAUCCAGUUGGACCUUGUCCACUGACCAGCUUGUGAACCCCCUUCCACAUCCUCCUUCCAUCAACUCAGUUAACCGCUGUGCCCAUGCGUGACUCCACCACAGGGUGCUUGCCCUUGGCUGUGCACUCCCUGCUGGGUGUGUGUGUUUUCUCCACCUGUACCUUGUAAUUCAUGCUGGAAUAAACCUCCCGAAGUACUGUGCGCACCACUGGCUUCCUCGGGGCACACUCCUAGAUGCACUGUCAAACUUCCUCCAGAAGGGCCCAUCGAUACCUCUGCACAGCAUUCUUGCCAAUGUGGUGCCAUUAAAAACCCACCGCUCUGGCCUCAGGCAGCACUGUGUGCACUGCAGGCAGCGUUUCCAAAUGAGGUGAGCAAAGGUGCCAUUGGCACUGCUUUUGGGCAUCACUCAUUCAUCCACUUUGAGAAAAGGGACCGUCCUUUGAGCAGCAGAGCCGCCCAGUGGUGAGGCCAAAUGGUUCCAUUAUGCAGUGUCCUCACAACAUCCACAAGUAUUCUUCCAGUGGUUGCUUUAUUGCUUUCUCAAACUUUGUAAUUUUAGAGUAAAUCUAUUGAACAUAAGAAAAUACUUGAGUCUUAACUCAGGUUUUCUUGAAGUGAACACACACAUUGUAGUCAGCAUGUCAAUCUAGACAGCCUAUCAUCGGCCUAGUGCCUGGCAUGGACCCUCCCACCUAACCCCUUCCCACCCAGAGUGGCCACCACCUUGGACUCUAAUGCAGUGGAACCCAGAGUCUGACCCCGACCUUCAGGGGUGGUGCAUCAUGGGCCCAUCCUGCUGCCAUGUGCACUCCCUGUAGCUCUGACCCUUGACGCCUCAGUCCUCCCUCAUAUGACAGGUGGUUCCUCUGUAUCUGCCUGGAGGCUGGGAGCCAGUCCUGGGGAUACCUCAGUUUGCUGAUAGAGAUCAUUCAGGCAGAAUCCUGAGCUGAGUGAAGUAGCAAGGUACUGAACCAGCUGUGACCACUGCUGGCCUCCCACCAUGGCCCCUGCAGGGCAGUCAGUUAAUGUGGUGCUGAGAACUACAGAUGCCAGCUGGGAGAAUCGCACCAAAGAUGAGAACUGUUUAUGGAUGUCUGACCACUCGAGUGCCAUGGACUGAGAACACAUGUGGUGUGAUAAAACGAGCCUCGGCACACUGCAUCUGGUUUUGGGUUUUAUUUUAGAAUUUAUAAAAUUCCAGUGUCAUCCAUAUUCAUGAGCCUUUACACAUGUUUGCAUAUAAUCUCCAAACUCCAAAGUUAAGGCCAAGGGAUGGAUUUUAACUGUGGACACAUAUGAUAUGGAAGACAGUCAACAAGAGGAAAUGGACACUCAUGCCCCACCCCUGCCCAGGGCUCCUGCAGCAGCACCAGAGGCAGCAGGAGAGCCCCAGGCACAGUCACCUCAUGAGCCUGACUAACAGCCACACAGUGAGAACCCGCACAGUGUAGGAGAGGGGGCUGCACCUACAUUUAGGAGUAAGUGCAGAUGUGCAAACACCUGUUGGGGCAAUUAAAAAUCCACCUUUGCGGGGAGGGGGUUAGAUAUCACAGAAACAUGAGGUUCGGGCAGAUGCCAGAGGGCAGGGAGGGGUGGGAGGGGAGGGCAGUACACUGGCCAACAGGAAAGGCUCCAAAACUCAUGCAGAUAGAAGGAACUCCAGGGACCAGGGAGGUAGGGGAUGGUCCUGGAGAAAGGCAAAACAGCAACUUCCCUUCUCACUUCCUUUUUCAAUAGACUCCACCUAAUUUGGGGUCACCCAACCUAUUCAGCUGAAGCAAAUGUUUUCCUACCCCAAUUUAUCACUUCUACAUAUGGGCACAUUUGAGGCUGCUUGAGCUAAUGGGAACUCAGAGACAAUUGAUACCAGACUUGUGUUCAGCAAUUCUCGUCUAUUCAGGAAUUUCAGUCUAAAGACUGCCAAGCUGAGCAAUAACCGAAUAGAAAACUUCAUGGAGGGGGUGGUCAGGGAAGAAGUGACCUUCCCCAGGGAAGGGCUGGGCAAGGGGUACUAGUUGGCUUCUCUAGGAACUCCAUUAUUUGGAUGGAAAACUUGAGAGGGGCUCAGUCACCUCUACAGGGGUAGAGGUGGGGAUGGGAGACCA